GUUUGGCGAUCGCCAACGUUUACCGACGCACGCAUCAACCAAACGAAUUAAUAACAAGAGUACAACUUCUCGUGCGGCUGUCACACAAAACUCAUUAAGCACACACACACUCAAAGCUCUCUGUUGUCUGCUGUGAAGUAAACAAACCGACCCACGAACAUCACACAAAGCAACCGUCUCAAAAAUUCGCGAUGUCUGCUGCUGACUUCAACGCCGCCGUAGCCUACGUGCGCACCUUGCCGAAGGGAGGACCUGUCCAGAUGGACAACAACACGAAGCUGGCGUUCUACUCCCUUUACAAGCAGGCGACCGAGGGGGACGUGAAGGGAACGCGUCCAUGGGCGGUCAAGGUGGAGGCUCGCGCGAAGUGGGAUGCCUGGAGCGCGCGCAAGGGCAUGAAGCCUGCAGAAGCGAAGGCGGCGUAUGUGAGGCGCCUCAUUGCGGUGUUGAGGUCGAAGGGCAUCAAGUGGCCACCAACUCCGAAGACGCAGAGCAAGCUGUAA